CUUGGACUUCAAGCUCUCUUUUCCUGCCAGCCAAGGUUGUUCUGGCGCAUGGGGUGCGUGUUAAUGCAUGCGAUGACGUCACAUCCAGUUUCGCCGCGUCUUGUGGGAAAGUACCGGUUUGGAGAAACGGGAAGGAGGGGGCUCACAUGUGCAGGAUCAGCACGAGAAAAGUAGUCUCUCUAUGCACUAGAAAUGCCAUGAACUUUCUGUGCUUGCUUUGAUCAUCAAAACUUGGAGGAACCCAUAGCCCCCGACGAUCCUUUUGAUUUCAGUCUCUGAGGUGGACACGUGAGCAACCUUCAGGAGGGUGAACCCAGAAAAAGCAUCCAGCCCAGAAGGGGUACCUGGCCAAGUACUACAGAUCAACAGGCUAGACUGUUCACUGACAACAUUAAAGUCUCACUUCAGAAGUCUGAGGUACCAACCUGCUACAAGCAGGCUUCAAUUAUACCAGUGCCAAAGAAUAAUAAAGGAGAAUCUGCCUUAUUGACCAUCUUCUAGAAGCAUCUACAGUGACAAAGUAUUUUGAGAGGUUGAUGAUGAAAGAUAUCAACCUCUGCCUGAAAAGUGAAUUGAAUCACUCCAGUUUGCUUAUGAGAGCAACAGGUCCAUAACAGAUGCCAUUUCACUGGCUCUUCACUCAACCCUGGAAUAUCUGGACAGCAAAGAUGUAUACAUCAGGAUGCUCUUUAUCAACUACAGUUCAGCAUUCAAUACCAUCAUCCUCUCAAAACAAAUAAAUAAGCUUUAAGACCUUGGCCUCAACACCUCAUUGUACAAUUAAAUGCUUGAUUUUCUCACUUGCAGACCCCAAUCAGUUCAGAUUGGCAACAACAUCUCCUCCACAAUAUCCAUCAGCACAGGUGCACCACAAGGCUGUGUGCUUCGCCCCCUGCUCUACUCACUCUACACUUUGACUGUGAGGCUAAGCACAGCUCCAAUAACAGAUUCAAGUUUGCUGAUAACACCAUUGUUGUAGCCCAAAUUAAAAGUGGUGACGAAACAGGAUAUAGGAGGGAGAUUGAAAAUCUGGUUGCGUGGUGCCAGAACAACAACCUCUCACUCAAUGUCAGCAAGUCCUGGGAACAGAUUAUUGACUUCGGGAGAAGGAAACCAGAAGUCCAUGAGUCAGUCAUCAGAGGAUCAGAGAUGGAGAGGAUGCUGCCUGGCCUGCUGAGUUCCUCCGGCAUCUUGUGUGUGUCGCUCGGAUUUCCAGCGUUACGUACCCCGUAACUGGGUCACUUACCAGCAAAGAUAGAGAGGUCCGUUGAAGUCUGAUGAUGGACCUCAUGAUCUGCAAUGCUACUUCACAGGGACAAUUUCAGAUGGCUUCAACUGCUCGUGGACCACUGGAACUCAUCACACAAAUGCUACCCUCUACAAACUAAAUAUACAUUGGAAGCGGACGAGUGGGAUAAACACACCUACAACUAUUGAUAAUAUCACUGGUGUUUUUUACACAAUUCCACGGAAACAACUUUACAUUUCAGAUAAUGCAACAAUAUGGGUGGAAACGAUGAAUAUGUGUCAAAAAUCAAAGUCCAUAACAUUGAUACCUGCUAAGUCAGAGAGACCAGAAGCACCAUCAAACUUAAAAUAUUCUUGGCAAUCUGGAGGGCUACUUCUGGAAAGGAAAGCUUCAAAAGGAUAUCUGUAUCAGAUAUUGAUCACAAAAGCAGAGACUACAGAGUGGCAAUGCUUUAAUUUAACAGAUUCUGAAGCACUUCGUGGAUUGGAACGACAGUCUGCUUAUGAUUUUCGGGUACGCUGCAAAAUCAUGGCAACCAGCAGCAUUUGGAGUGCGUGGAGCAAAAUGUACCAUGUUCCUCCAGAUCUGAACAAGCCAGAGAUUUAUCUACUAGUUACUAAGCCAUCAUUGGAAACAGGGAAACGUUUGGUUCACUUACGUUGGAAGAAGUCAGACGACACUUUCAAUGCUUCAAAAUAUGGAAACACAAAAUACAACAUCACCGUCGGAAGGCUACCUCUAAACUCAGUAAAUAAAAACAAGAGUGAUGCAGCAAACAAUGGAGAAUAUUAUCUCAAUGUUUCACAUGCUGCUUUUAAAGUCGAAAUUAAAGCUUUUAAUUCAGCUUCCUUUUCUACAAGUGAAAUAGAUAUCGCACCUUAUGUCCAAAUGGAGCUAAGGAACAAGAUAAAUGCCACUUUACUUGGGAAGGACAGCAUUUUUAUUAGUUGGAAUUCAAAGGAAACAAAAAAGAUAAGAUAUGUUGUUGAUUGGGGUCCAGUCAUUGGAAAUGAAACACAUAUUGUGCAAUCAAAAGUAACACGUAAUCUUCAUAACUAUACUCUGAAGGGGCAAUUCAACCCCAAGCAGCGAUACCGAAUAAUGUUACAUAAAAGACCUGUGAAAUGGAAACAACCGGUAACUUCCGAGGUUACAGUUGGGAUCGUUGAUGUGUACACAGUAGAAGGAACACCAAGUGUUGGUCCCACCAAUGUUAAGGUUAUCAGUGUUCAGAAAUACAGUGCAACAAUAAGAUGGGAUCACAUACCUGAAGAUAAAUGCCAAGGCUUUCUUCAAGGCUACAAGAUUUUUUAUUUUUCAAAGAACGUAACAAACUCUUCAAAAGUUGUUUCAGUGAACUCCUCCACAACAAAUUACACCCUCAGAGGGCUUUUACAAAAGACAUUCUAUACCAUAGAGAUCUCGGGAUUUACCAAGGCUGGAGAAGGAGCCAAAAGUCAAUCGGAGAUUUUCCAAACAAAGGACUCUGGUGAUGAUGCACUGGCAGCAAUUGCUGUUUUAGUUUGCGUUGCAAUUAUCGUUUUUGUCUUUCUGGUGACAUGGAUUUGCUCCGUUCUUGUUAAAAGUAUAAAGAAGAAAUUUUGGCCAGCUAUUCCAAAUCCCGGAAACAGUAAUGCCAUCCAGAUUAUAGAAAGGGUUUCAUCAUUGCCUCACCUGGACAGUGAAUCGUCAGAACAGAAUUCAAACUUGCUCGACAUAAAAAGAGAAGAGGAACUUGACAAUCUUCACACUAUUGAAGAGAUCACCAGUUCAUUCAUAGAUUAUGGGUUGCAAGAGAAUGAACCAAAAAAUGUACCAGACCAGAAAACCAAACAUGAGGUCACACAAAAGCCCACUGUUAUACAGUUCACUGACUACACAACGAUGGAGAACUUCCAACAAAUAAUGUCAAUCAUUCCAAGCAAUAGUAUACAGCCUACUAGAAAUGAAACGGAAUAUAAUGCUGAAACAGAGUAUCAGCGGAGUGACAACUUAACUCUGAAUUACACAAAGCAAGGAUUCCAUCAUAUGGGCGCAAACACCACAGAAGGAAAUCCAUUAGUUGCUACAGAAUGCUCAUCAUUGCUUGUAAAUCCUGAUAACAUUACAGACUCACAGGCCCUUCAGCCACAAGGGUUAUUAGAAACAGAUUCAUGAAUACCAUUGAAAAAUGCUCAGAUGAUUCAAAGGCUAAUUCAGCCACAUUCAAGCAGUGCAAUGCGGUGAAGUUAAAGCUAUGCAACCUGCUAAAUGAACUGUACUGAAAAUAUAAGACAUAACAAUUGUAUGUCUCUGCAGAGGCACUACUGCAGAUAUGGACCUUUCGGGCCAAGGACUCUCACAUGUGGCAUGAGGAAUGUGGUGGAGGACAUGGGUGGUGGAAGUUUAAAUAAAAUUGUUAAUGGUUGGCUGAAGUGAGACAUGGGGGUGGUGGAAAUGCCAGAGUUUGUCUGAAUUAAAAAAGGUGUUGUUGGUAGUAGUCACUAAACUGCAAGGGUGUCAUUUACAUUCCUUCCACUUACAUGAAAGCACCUUUGUCAUUAACAGUUGAACACUCAGACAGAGCAAAUGUCAAAAGGGCAGUGAUUACAAUGUUAUGGUAGGGCAAGUUACAACUUGCCUGAUCCUCUCUGCAACUGGACUGUCACAAGUUGGGGAAGAUUAGCAAAGACCUCAUCUGCUUUGCAUCACCGUUUGGGGGAGAAGUUGGGGAGCCCACACAGUGAGAAGGUCAAGGACUUCAAUGGACACCCAGCAUGCAAGCAAUGAUCCAGAACCAGAGAACAUGGAUACAUAAAACCAACUGAACUGAGGGCAUGAAGGAAUUAAUGUAAUAAAAUUCUCCAUUAUACUGUAAGUAUGAACACUGGUGUAAUAUUUUGCUUGUGCUGAAUAAAAUAUUAUCACUGUCAUCAAUUUGGA